AUGUCAAUACAUCACAAGUCAGGCAAUGGCGAUGACAAGCUAAAUCACAUAGGUCACAGCGGGGAGCUUAAGCAACAGUUUUCCUUCCUAUCAAUGUUAGGUUUAGCAUUUGCCAUCUUGAAUUCCUGGACCGCAUUAUCAACAAGUCUAUCCAUUAGUUUACCCUCAGGCGGAAGUUCCAGUGUUGUCUGGGGUGAGCAACGUUUCAAAGUCCAACGCAAGAAUGAUAUGCUCAUAAUCUGGAAUCUAGGGCUUAUCACAGCUGGAACCUGUAGCCUAUGUAUGGCUACUUCGCUUGCGGAGUUUCUUUCUGCAUAUCCGACAGCUGGAGGGCAAUAUCACUGGGUUGCACUUAUAUCCUGGGAGAGCUGGAUGCCAAUUAUAUCAUGGAUAACUGGGUGGGUAAACUGCUCUGGCUGGGUUGCCUUGGCAGCUACUGGCGGCGUCCUUGGAAGCCAACUGAUCCUGGGCAUUGUUUCCUUGGUGAAUCCAGCAUACCAAUUCCAGAACUGGCAUCAGUUCCUGAUAUACCUUGGUUACACUUUUGCUGCUUUUACCAUGAACGCCAUCGGUAACAGUCUUUUGCCCCAUUUGACCAGAGCUGCGUUUAUUUGGUCGUUGAGUGGAUUUGCCAUAAUCUGUAUUGUGGUACUUUCUUGCUCGGCUCCAGAUUACAACUCGGCAGAAUUUGUCUUUCGCGAUUUUGUCAAUCAAACCGGGUGGCCCGAUGGGGUUGCCUGGUUGCUGGGACUUUUGCAAGGAGGCCUCGGUGUCACUGGGUUUGAUGCAGUGGCUCAUAUGAUAGAAGGUGAAAUCCCUUACCCAUCCGAAACAGGGCCUCAAAUCAUGAUCGCUUGUGUAGGAAUUGGGACGAUAACCGGGUCUAUCUUUCUUGUCGUUCUUCUCUUUGUGGCUGGUAAUAUCUCGGAAAUCACCGGUUCUGCGGCAACGCCGUUGCUGGCAAUAUUAAGCCGUGCGACUGGGAAUACCCCAGGGGCCAUUUGUCUGUUGAUGUUCCCUAUCAUUUGUGUCCUUUUUGCGGCAACGGCUAUCAUGACAACGAGUAGUCGCAUGAUAUAUGCAUUUGCUAGAGAUGGUGGACUUCCCGCCUCAUUCUUUUUCUCUCGGAUUCACCCCAAACUUCAAGUCCCUCUCAAUGCACUUUAUCUCAACCUGGUUCUUGUUGUCAUCUUCGGAGUCAUUCUUCUCGGAUCUACCAGUGCUUUCAACGCGAUCAUAUCAGCCUCGGUGGUGUUACUAGAUCUCUCAUAUGGGAUCCCAAUUGCAGUCCACUGCCUCCGAGGACGCAACAUGCUCCCUGAGAGGCAUUUCGUGCUUCCCAAUCUUCUUGGUUGGGUAUUGAACAUCGUUUCUUUAUUAUACAUCAGCUUAACAACAGUUCUUUUCCUCUUCCCGCCCGAGCUACCUGUUACUGGCAGUAAUAUGAAUUACUGCGUCGUGGCAUUCGGUAUCAUCUUGAGUAUCUCGACCAUCCAGUGGUUUGUGGAUGGGCGAAAGAACUACUCAGGACCCCGAGUGGAGGUGAUUCCGAGGUAG